AUGUGUGGUUGCCAGGGCGAUUGUCUCCGACAGCGACUUCCGCGUCCAUUCAUCUGCUUCACGUCCGACCUAUCUGAAAAGUUUGUUGUUAUAUAUUCCUCGCUCGAGUCUCCAGCGGCAUAUUUGGAAAUCCAAGGGCUCGAAGACCGUGUCCCGACCGCUUACUUCCCGAUUAGCUUCCUGCCAGGCACCUUGGUAAAAGCCUCAAGGACUGGUCUGCGGACGACAGUCACCACGAUUUUUUUCUCUUCUAAACCCACCCCACGUCUUUCCCCGUCUCUCUCCCCUCCUCAACCGCUAUCCCUGAAUAGGGAUAAGCCCCCACUCUCGUUAAAAACCUCACACUCUUUUCACGUACGAACGGCACCAAUUUUACGCCUACCACCAGCAUCCCAAUACACACGGAUGUUGAAAGCUCUCCUCGGCGCGUCGCUCUGCUUCGGGGUUGUGCACGCCCACCUGGCUGCCUGGCACAAGGGGAUGUACUGCCUGAAUGGCAACAAAGCCGGACAGGACCUCAACUCCUACGACAUUGUCACGCCGCUGUACCAGCUCUCCUUCAACGAUUGGUGGUUCCACCAUGUCAACGGUUGUGACAACUACCCGCCAGCGGAUGGUGAUUACAUUGACCUGCCGGCCGGCGGAUCCUUCACCAUCGAAAUUGGGUCGAACCGCGCGAAGACAUCGCUUUCGUAUGGAGGACGUGAUAUGUCGGACUGGCCUGAUGGCAGCACCUACCCCGAGGAUUAUAAUGUCCCCUCAUGCAUCACUUCUCCUAACAUGCACGCCCAGAACCGCUCGAUGGCUGCCGGCACCGCGUUCGCCAUCUCCUACCAGUCGGAUAUCAAGGCUGUGACGCCAGAAAACCUCGUCGUCUUCACCGUUCGCUACAACACCCCAUGGAAACGAGUUGUCGUUUAUGACGUCCCAGCCGCUAUGCCUCCCUGCCCAGCAGGUGGCUGCAUCUGCGCAUGGGGCUGGGUGCCCAACAACUGCGGGCAGCCGAACAUGUACCACCAGCCUUUCAGGUGCCGUGUCUCCGGCUCGACGUCCAACACGCCUUUGGCCGCACCGAAGCCCCCGGUGUGGUGCGAGAACAACCCCGGUGCGUGCACGAAGGGCGCGAAGCAGAUGGUGUACUGGAACCAGAACGAGAGGAACAACAUCUGGGUUUCGGGCUAUGAUGCGGCUGGAGAUUUUAAGAGCCCGACGUACAAUGCCAAGCUUGGGUUCAAGGACGGCGCACAGAACGACAUCUUCGCCGGGGCGCCAUCUUCAGGUAGCAGCUCCUCGAACUCGGGUUCCAGUUCAGGUUCCUCCUCUUCCAAUUCGGGCUCUUCCUCUAACUCGGGCUCUUCAAACUCUGGGUCCUCUGGGUCCUCCAACUCCAACUCCAACACGUCCAAUAACACCCCCGCCAACACGUCCAACACUGGCACGACAAACAACUUCGCACCAUCCCCUUCUUCGUCUUCGUCUGCAUCCUCCUCCAAUACAUCGACGACCGGCCAGAAGAACUCCGCGCCAUCGUGCCAGAACAAGCGCCGCCGAAGACGCUCGCUCGUCGACGUUGAUGUGAGCCCGAUCAAGCGUUCGAACCUCAUCGAGGGCGUAAAGGCGCACAGGAGAAGGGCAAGCGCUGCUCCUGCUUGGUAA